AUGUGUCCACCAAUGAUGUUAGGCGGUCGCUUGUUUGGAAGAUCAUCUCUUCAAUCGGUUGGUCUCCGAAGACAGAGGGAAGGAGUUGCUGCAAAUGGCCAACCAAGUGAACAAAGGGAAGAAGUUGUAGCUGUUGAACGAGAUUCUCGAGUGCUUCAUCCAUCUAGAAGGGAUGGAGCUAAAUGGUUCAAGAACAACACAGAAAUAUCAACACGUGUUGCUGGAAUAUCAAAACAAGGUCGGGUAUUUGGACUUGGAUCACUUCAAAGUGGAGUUUAUAUGCCACUGGAUGGUUCUACAGUUUCCCCACAAGCUGAUGGAGUUGAUGGUACUUUAACUCACCGUGUCAAAGAGCUGGAGUCAGAGUUGCAAAAGAGUAAUGAAGAAAAAGGUCAGUUUCAGAAUAGGAUUGAGGCAAUGGAGAAAGCAUUGAAGACUGCUUUUGGUGAAAAUGUGUUUACUCCAGCGGAUACAACUAAACCAUGA